AUGAUUGUGGACUUCAGGAAGAGCACUGUCCCCCCGCCCCCACCCUCCGUGAUGGACUCCCCCAUCACCUCUGUGGAGUCCUUCCGUUUCCUGGGCACCACCAUCACCCAGGACCUCAAGUGGGAGCCGACCAUCAGCUCCCUCAUCAAGAAGGCCCAGCAGAGGAUGUACUUCCUGCGGCAGCUCAGGAAAGCCAAGCUGCCUGCACAGAUGUUGGUGCAGUUCUACACGGCCAUCAUCGAGUCCAUCCUAACCUCCUCCAUCACCUCCUCCAUCACCUCCUCAUCACCUCCUCCAUCACCUCCUCCAUCACCUCCUCCAUCACCUCCUCAUCACCUCCUCCAUCACCUCCUCAUCACCUCCUCCAUCACCUCCUCCAGCACCUCCUCCAUCACCUCCUCCGUCACCGUGUGGUUCGCUGGAGCCACAGUCAGGGACAAACAGAGACUACAGCGCAUUGUGCGCUCUGCAGAGGAAGUGAUCGGCCGCAGCCUUCCAUCGCUGCAGGACCUGUGUGACCCUGAGCCAACGGGAGGGUCAACGCUGUUGGUUAGGCCUGAGCAAAGGCCACGUCAGCCCCAGCCUCAGGCCUGGCUCCAGGAUCCAGGAUCCAGGGUGGGGCUCCAGCUGUGA